UUGGCCGGAAGUGGAAGUUCAUCCUUUUGCGUCUUCCUCGGCUCCUUGGAAGUUGCGCGAUCUCUCGGGCCCCACGCCGCCCCUCGUCCCGCCGCCGCCGCCGCCAUGCCCCGAAAAAUCGAGGAAAUAAAAGACUUCCUGCUGACAGCCAGGCGAAAAGAUGCCAAAUCUGUCAAGAUCAAGAAAAACAAGGACAAUGUGAAGUUUAAGGUUCGCUGCAGCAGAUACCUGUACACACUGGUUAUCACAGACAAAGAGAAGGCAGAGAAACUUAAACAGUCCCUGCCUCCUGGUUUGGCUGUGAAAGAGCUGAAGUGAAGCAAUCAUUCAAUGUUCCACCUGUAUUAAAAUGUAGGGAAAAAAAGAA